ACCAGAAAGAUGCCGCCCAGCGCCAGCGCGGUGGACUUCUUCCAGCUCUUUGUCCCAGACAACGUGCUCAAGAACAUGGUGGUACAGACCAACAUGUAUGCCAGGAAGUUCCAGGAGCGAUUUGGCAGUGACGGUGCCUGGGUGGAGGUGACUCUGGCAGAGAUGAAGGCCUUCCUGGGCUACGUGAUCUCUACCAGUGUCUCCCACUGUGAGUCCGUACUCAGCAUCUGGAGUGGAGGUUUCUAUAGCAACCGGAGCCUCGCCCUCGUCAUGAGCCAGGCCCGCUUUGAGAAGAUCCUCAAGUACUUCCAUGUUGUGGCCUUCCGUUCCAGCCAGACCACGCAUGGGCUCUACAAGGUCCAGCCCUUCCUUGACUCCCUGCAGAGUGGCUUUGAUGCUGCUUUCAGGCCAUCUCAGACCCAGGUGCUACAUGAACCCCUGAUUGACGAGGACCCUGUGUUCAUUGCCACGUGCACGGAGCGAGAGCUGAGGAAGAGGAAAAAGCGGAAAUUCAGCCUGUGGGUCCGCCAGUGCUCUUCCACCGGGUUCAUCAUCCAGAUCUAUGUCCACCUAAAGGAAGGCGGUGGCCCAGAUGGCCUGGACGCUCUGAAGAACAAGCCACAGCUGCACAGCAUGGUGGCCCGGAGCCUGUGCAGGAACGCGGCCGGGAAGAACUAUAUCAUCUUCACAGGGCCCAGCAUCACCAGCCUCAAUCUGUUUGAAGAAUUUGAGAAGCAAGGGAUCUACUGCUGUGGCCUCCUCAGCUCCAGGAAGAGUGACUGCACAGGUCUCCCUCCAUCCAUGCUGACCAACCCUGCCAUCCCACUUGCCAGAGGCCAGCACCAGAUCAGGACAAAGGGCAACAUGUCUCUGAUCUGCUGGUACAACAAGGGGCACUUCCGUUUCCUGACCAACGCCUACUCCCCUGUGCAGCAAGGCGUCAUCAUCAAGCGGAGGAGUGGGGAAAUCCCCUGCCCUCUGGCCGUGGAGGCCUUUGCUGCUCACCUCAGCUACAUCUGCAGAUACGACGACAAAUACAGCAAGUAUUUCAUCUCUCACAAGCCAAACAAGACGUGGCAGCAAGUGUUCUGGUUCGCCAUCAGCAUCGCCGUUAACAACGCGUACAUCCUGUACAAAAUGUCAGAUGCCUACCACGUGAGGAGGUACAGCCGGGCACAGUUCGGGGAGAGACUUGUCAGGGAGCUGCUGGGCCUGGAGGAAGACACAUCACCAGCCCACUGAGACUGUCGGCCCCGGGGUGUCAGGGACAAGGAAGGAGCCUGUCACCUGCCUGACCGCUGGAGGGCCCAUGUGUGGUCAGAGGUCUGCUUUCUGCGUCACCCCCACAAAGGGUGGCUCCCCGGAGCCUGAUACAGGUGAUUGGAUGGGCUGUGACCUCGGAAAGUACCAGCAAUAGGACCAGUGGACCGUGCUCUGCUUUCCAGAGCUUGAAAGAUCGUGAUGGGCUCAAGUUCAGACCAGGCAAGCUUACAAAACGGACCACUCGGUGCCACCCAUCCGCACUCGGGGUGUUGGGGUCCCAGCGCUCUCCCGUGGGAUCCGCCUAGAUGGCUCCUUUAGAAGAAGAGACGCAAUGUGGUGCCAUUAAAACUCAGAGCCAACGGGAUGGGAGCGGCUGCAGCUUGUUGACUAUAAACAGGGUGUUCCUGUUCUAUCCUCCAGGGGGCUACGGCGAGCAGGGCGAGGAGGGGAGAGCGAUGCCGUUUUUUGUUUUGUUUUGUUUUCAUUAUAUCUUCAGGUUAAUUCCUUACUGUUGCUUAAGGUCUACUGUGAACAAAUGUGUCCGUCCCCACCCCCCCUCCGACACCACACACCCUCACAGCUUCCUGCAUGAUCACAGUUCUGUGUCUGGCCUGUGGCAGGGUAGGAAGGGCUGCUGGCUUCCAGGACCAGAUAUGGCUAGGGGUAUCAAGGCCUGGGGAGCCUGCAGGCUGAAUACUCUGUCACCUUGUCACUGUUGGCAGAAUUACCUGUCUUUAAACUAUGUAGCAUCAUGAAAACAAAAUUCUUCACCGCCCUCUGUCUGUGGGGAUGGGGUCCCCCUGAAAGGCACAGCAGCAUUAAGAAGCCCUGGCUGGGGACUGGCCCAGGCAGGAAAGCAUGUGGGACCUCCCACAGACCCAGGUCCUUCCCACCAGAGGUUGACACAUCUCCAUGGAGCCCAGGACCCAAGAUGGGCC